CCGGUCUGUCACCACCUCACUUGGUGUCUGCUGUCCCCGCCAGGCAAGCCUAGGGUGAGAGCACAGAGGAGUGGGCCGGGACCAUGCGGGGGACGUGGCUGGCGCUCCUGGUGCUGGUGCUGGCUGCCUGCGGAGAGAUCGCGCCGGCCCUGCGCUGCUACGUCUGUCCAGAGCCCACAGGAGUGUCCGACUGUGUCACCAUUGCCACCUGCACCACCAAUGAAACCAUGUGCAAGACCACACUCUACUCCCGGGAGAUAGUGUACCCCUUCCAGGGGGACUCCACGGUGACCAAAUCCUGCGCCAGCAAGUGUGAGCCCUCAGACGUGGAUGGCAUCGGCCAGACCCGGCCCGUGUCCUGCUGCAACACUGAGCUGUGCAAUGUAGACGGGGCACCCUCUCUGAACAGCCUCCACUGCGGGGCCCUCACGCUUCUCCCACUCCUGAGCCUCCGACUCUAGAGUCCCCGUCCACCCCCAUGGCCCUGUGCGGCCCAGCCCCAAAUGCCUUGAAGAAGUGCCCCCUGCACCAGGA